AUCGGCCUCGUCAUCGAAAGCGGCUUCUAAUUUCUCAGAAAUUCUCAGCUAUAUGGGGGACUUUGAUGGUGAGCAAAAAGAAUUGAUCAAGAAAUUGGUAAACUUUCGCAUGAUCGAUGGUAAAAGAACGAGAGUUCGUGCUAUUGUUUAUAAAAUUUUUCACCGCCUAGCUCGAACUGAACGCGAUGUAAUAAAACUUAUGGUUGACACUGUAGAUAAUAUAAAGCCAAUGUGCGAAGUGGUCAAAUUAGGAGUCGUAGGUACUAUUUAUGAUGUUCCUGGGAUUGUAGCCAGGGAUCGUCAACAAACCUUAGCUAUUCGUUGGAUCCUUGGAGCAGCUUUCAAACGACGUAUAAGCUAUAGGAUAAGCUUAGAGAAAUGUUCAUUUGCUAAGAUACUGGAUGCUUACCGAAAGAGGGGAACUUCACGUAAGAGAAGGGAGAAUCUUCAUGGACUAGCUUCCACCAAUCGGAGUUUCACGCGUUUCAGAUGGUGGUAAAGUGAUACCACAUAAGGAG